GGGGGUGCCUGCGCAGAGCGCGCUGGCCCGGAGCUGGUGCGGCUCCCUAACCCCUCGGAGCCGCGGUCCUGCUGCGGGACUGGCGCGGAGGAAUGGAGCUCGCGGACGGCGCCGGCGGCGCCGAUCGCGCCUUCCCCGCAGACCCGCGGAGCGCCUUCGUGCUGAGUAACCUGGCGGAGGUGGUGGAGCGGGUGCUCACCUUCCUGCCCGCCAAGGCGCUCCUGCGGGUGGCCGGCGUGAGCCGCCUGUGGAGGGAGAGCGUGCGCAGGGUGCUGCGGGCCCAGCGCGGGGUGGCCUGGAUCGCGGCGGGGCCGGCGGACGGCGGCCACCCGCAGGAGCACUGCUUGGUCCGCGUGGCAGCCCGGGAGCUCGAGAAUGUCCACGUCUUACCACAGACAGUUCUUUACAUGGCUGACUCUGACACUUUCAUUAGCCUGGAGGAGUGUCGGGGCCACAAGAGAGCAAGGAAGAGGACGACCACGGAAACGGCGCUUGCGCUAGAGAAGCUGUUCCCGAGGCAGUGCCAAGUCCUGGGGAUUGUGACCCCAGGGAUCGUAGUGACUCCAAUGGGAUCAGGUAGCAAUCGGCCUCAGGAAAUAGAAAUUGGAGAAUCCGGUUUUGCUCUACUCUUCCCUCAAAUGGAAGGAAUAAAAAUACAACCCUUUCAUUUUAUUAAGGAUCCAAAGAAUUUAACGCUAGAAAGACAUCACCUCACUGAAGUAGGCCUCCUGGACAACCCCGAGCUCCGCGUGGUCCUGGUGUUCGGCUACAACUGCUGUAAGGUGGGAGCCAGCCGCUACCUGCAGCGAGUCGUCCGCACUUUCAGCGACAUGAACGUCAUCGUCGCGGGAGGCCAGGUGGACAACCUGGCGUCGCUGACCUCGGAAAAGCACCCCCUGGAUAUCGACGCCACGGGGGUGGUGGGGCUGUCAUUCAGCGGGCCACGGAUCCAGAGCGCCACCGUGCUUCUCACCGAGGAUGUCAGCGACGAGAAGGCGGCCGAGGCGGCGAUGCAGCGCCUCAAAGCAGCCCACAUCCCAGAGCACAACACCGUGGGCUUCAUGUUCGCGUGCGUGGGCAGGGGCUUUCAGUACUACAGAGCCAAGGGCAACGUGGAGGCUGACGCGUUCAGAAAGUGCUUUCCUGGCGUUCCUUUAUUUGGCUUCUUUGGAAAUGGAGAAAUUGGGUGUGACCGCAUAGUCACCGGGAACUUUAUCCUGAAGAAGUGUAACGAGGUAAAGGAUGAUGACCUGUUCCAUAGCUACACAACCAUAAUGGCACUGAUUCACCUCGGGUCGCCUAAAUAGAGGCCCCCGGGAAGUGGCUUUCACAGCACAUAACCUCCGGGUUCUGCCUUUCCAGAAAAUGGAGACUUGGGAUAUCUGUAUUUCAAACAAAAAUAGCUUUAUGUGUAUUUGUUUUGUAGCUUUGAUGCUCUAAAGAUUUCUUUGGGGUAGUUUUAAUAUAGAAGGACAACUUCGUGUGUAACUUCAUGCAGAACGAGGGCUGGGAGCUUUUGCAUGAGGCACAAGCAAACCAAUCAUGGCUGUUGCACCAGGGCCUGGAGCUGCUGUGCGUGAGUUAAGCCUGUCUCCUGCAGGGGCGGGCGGAGAAGGGGCUCCUAGUUGGGCGGCGACUGCAGACUUUCCGUGACUACCUCGGCAUUGUUAGACGAUCUUUCAGCGGAAUCAUGAAGACUUCCUCCCUUAAUAAAGGAGGAAGAUAUUCAGAUGGCUUGAGAAAUCUUUCUCUGCUUUACAAUUUUACCAGUUUUUUCAGAAGCUGUAAUGAAAUUAUUACUGACUUUUUACUUAUUUGAUAAAUAUUGAAGAAUUAUUUUUGGUUUGGUACUCUAAAGUUGCUUAGUGAAAUAAACUGCCAAGACUAAUAAGCGGUAUUUUCUUAUUCUAUAAGGAAAAAUUUUUUCCUUUUCCCUCUGACUGUUUUACAAGACAGAAAUUGACAUCUGUCUUGUCUAAGCCACUUCCCCCCCCAGGUCUCAUCACAGGAUAACAGAUUAGCAUGUCCUCCCCAACCCCGUGUGGUGAAACUACUGUACGACACCUCUGUUGUAGUUCUCAGUGGUCCUCACAGGACAGUAGAAAACGUGUAAGGUAAGUGACAUCAAAUGUGUCAACAUGCCUGCAUUUCUAUUUUUAAUCACUCUUCUCCCUAUUUUUACCUCAAAAGAUUUUUCUCUUCCUGUUUAUGUGUAUGAUAAAAAUACUUAAAGUUUCCUUUGUUUUACGGUUACCCUCAAUCUUAGUUCCUAAAGAAAGUACAAAAAACCAGUCUGAUUGUCAUAGGACUUUUAGUCUGUGGAUAGUAGCAUUCAGCCAUUCUUAUCCACCUGUUAACUUUUUCAUUAUUUAACGUUGCUACCCAUUAUCAAGUAGACGAUGCCUCAGACUUUGAGUCCUUGGAUAUGCUUACAUAGCACGGAAGGAAAAUACUUUGUAAACUAUCUUGGUUCUGUGAUGUUAACCAAAGUUGGUUAAAUAGUAGAGGAAAAAGGAAUUGUAAACACAAAAAUUAAAAAAAAAAGAGGAGCCCGGAGAUUGAGUGGAUUACAGUGUUUUGUCGCUUCUCACAGGGAGAGUGUGCUGCAGGGUCUGCGCUUUUGAG